AUGGCCUCUUUCAUUCGCACAUGCAUGCUGUUGUGGCUCGUUACCAUCUCCAUGGUACAUGCAGCACAGCAGCCAGCCCUGUCAAAGCUUCCCGCAUGUGCUCAACUGUGCCUCUUGAACGCUUUCAGUACGAACACCUGUUCUCCAACAGAUCAAGCAUGUAUUUGCACGAACGAUGUCUUCCAAAACAACGUAACGCUGUGUGUGAGCGCCAGCUGCACCAUCCCUGAAGCUCUAGUUACGCGCAACAUCAGCCUGACCACCUGCGGAGCCCCGGUACGGGAUCGCGGACAAAGCUAUGUGCUGUUGUCAAACGUCAUGGUAUGCAUAGCUGCAGCCUUCGUUGCGAUGCGUUUCACCUUCAAGGGCACCGUGUCGAGGAUGGACUUUGGCUACGACGACUGGUGCGUGCUGGCGACACUCAUAGCCGCUAUACCCAGUGCCGUCAUCACUGUUUUUGGCACUGUGAAGAAUGGACUUGGCCAAGAUCUCUGGACCCUGACACCGACGGAGAUCACUCAGAUGCUGCAAUAUUUCUACAUCAUGGCCUGGCUCUACUUCACGCAGCUUAUGCUGUUGAAACUCACGCUACUGUUCUUCUACAUCCGCGUGUUCCCCAGCAAAGGCGUUCAACGACUACUAUGGGGUACAAUCGUCUUCACCAUACUCUGGGGUGUCGCCUUCAUCAUCGUCGCGAUAUUUCAAUGCCAGCCCAUCCAGUACUUCUGGACAAAAUGGGAUGGCAUGCACGAAGGUACUUGUCUCGAAAUCAACGCCAUCACUGCAUCGAACGCGGCCAUAUCCAUCGCCUUGGACUUCUGGAUUCUGGGUGUACCUCUUUGGCAGCUUUGGGGCUUGAAGCUACACUGGAAGAAGAAGGUCGGUGUAGCGCUUAUGUUCUGCGUUGGUACCUUCGUCACCGUCGUCAGCAUUCUGCGUUUACAAGCCUUGGUUCACUUUGCCGCUUCCUCGAACGUGAGCUGGGAGUUUUACGACGUCUCGAUGUGGAGCACGAUUGAAAUCUGUGUCGGCAUCAUGUGCGCCUGCCUCCCGACCCUCCGUCUUCUCCUGGUCAGACUCUUCCCCAUUUUGGGCGGCUCAUCGGCACGCAGCCGUCAAUACUACAACUACGGCAGCAACAACGAACUCAGGAACGUCAGUCAAAAGCACAAGUCGUACAACUUGAACACGGCUAUAUCGAGCCCUCGUUCAGAGUCGUUCGAUACGAAAGUGGAAGAUGGCAUCAGAGUCAAGACCUCGUAUCACGUGAAGCACAGCCAUAGUCAAGGAGACACAGAUGAGGCUAGCUUGGUUAGCUAUGAGGGAAAACGGAGGCCAUAG